AAUGGAUUAAUUAAUGCAUGUUUGUAACUAUCAACACAAAACCAAAAUGAAACCUCCAUUAGAGUAAUGGAGCUGGUUUUGUUUCAUCUUUCAUGACCUUUGCUCUUGCAGAUCCUUUAGAAGGUUGAGACACUUUCAUUAUCAAUCUCACAAGGGUCUGGAAGAAAAAUGACACGACAAAUUGUUUUAAGACAAUCAAUGACGGAUAGGAGACAACCUUUACUAACAAAAGGAUCAUCAUCAUUAACACCAGGAGGAGUAAGUUUAAGAAGAAAUUUGCAAUCAUCAUCAACAACAGGAGGAAGUAAAAGAUUUGCAGAAGUAGCUGGUGGAACAGCAGCAGAAUGUGCAGCAAUAUGUUGUUGUUGUCCAUGUGGGAUUAUGAAUUUAUUAGUGCUUGCUGUAUAUAAACUACCAGCGGGAUUAUGUAGAAAAGCAUUGAAGAAUAAAAGGAUAAAAAGAUUGAAGAAAAAUGGUAUCUUUCAGCAACAACAACAGAAGAAAAGAUGUCGUUGCGGUUGUGACGAACCUGAUAUUCAAAUUCAUCCGUUGGGUGUUGUUAGUGAUGAAUGGGGUGAUGAAGACAAUGAUACAUCAGGUGAAUUGAUUAGUAAUAAAUCCGGUACGAUUAUGUUAUCUGCUGGGAAAGAGAUUCAAGAUUUGGAGAUUGAAAUGUGGGAUAAGUUUUAUAGUACUGGGUUUUGGAGAAGUUCUUCUCAAAGAGAUGAUCUUCGUGAUCUGCCAAUUAUUACUCUUGAUGAUUAAUUCGUUCUUAUUCGGCUCGUGGAAAUUAUGGUGUUGACGAGCUCUGGUCACUGAUAUCAUAACUCAACGAUUUCGUCGGUUUACUAAAAAUGCAUCAGCUAGACUAAUUAAAGAUGAUUUGAAUUGAUUGAAAAAUAAGCAUCAGCUAUAUUGUUGUAUUGUUAACGGUAAAAUAUGUCUCCUUACUCCUCUUUAACCGUUUUUUUUUUCUAUUCAAAAAUCUAUUUUUCUUCAAUGUAUUCUUUAAUGUUAAGGAGGAAAAAGAACAGAUAAAAAAAGAAGUGAUCAAACCAUAGUUGUUUGUCAUGAGAUGAUGAGAUUGGUGGGAUUGAGGUAUCCGUUGUGAGGUAGUGUUUGAUGUAUGAACUAAAAAAGAAUGGUUGCAUUUAUUUUUUUCCCUUUCAAGAAUUUGGUGUUGACGAGUGGGAUUUAAUUGUGUUAAUGUGUUUGCUUACAAAAAAAUUAUUCUAUACAUUUACUACUAUUA